AUGUUUGAAACAGACGUGAAAGAUUCUGCCGCCCAGGAACACCAUCCACACCAGCUCUCUGGCCGACAAGGAACUGCCAAUCAGUUAACUAUUCAAACUAUCCCUAAACAAGUUACGCCACGGAUCUUAUCCAUAGCCAAGCCUGAGCGGCCAGCCACGUAUGUAACUGGAGAGGACGAAGAACGGCGGACGAAGUUCCUACAAUAUCGCACUUACAGCCAGAUCACAGAGCUUCGACAAUGCGUCUAUUUCCACCAAGUCAGCAGUCAUGGCGACGGGAAGCCUUCUUCAUGGAUGUGGGCUUUGGAUGCCCGAGACUUCAAGCUCCGCAAAGCCUGGCUAACCCUCAUUCAAGAUAUACAGCCAUCUAUUCCUGAAUAUUACGUCGGCGAACCAAACCCAGUUGCGAAGUUCCGGGAUGCGAUUGAGCAAAAUCCGACUCUCUACAGCCUUGCUAUCUCUAUGUCCGACGAAGUGCCCACCAAAGCGCCCUAUGAUAGGGACGCACCCUCAAGAAACGAGUCCGAAGCUAUAAGACUAUCUCAUUGGGGCGAGGACGAGGCUAUCAAGCAACUGGUCAAUAAGGCAAAGGAGGCUACGGCACCUCCCUUGCAAUCCGAUAACUUUUCAGACUACUUCAAAUGUCCCAAACCGACGGCGCCCAAGGAGGUUUUUGGCUAUCAGUGUUGGGAUGAUUUCUUUGUGCGGAAAUUCAAUGAUACGGUUCGUCCCCUGGAUGCGAGCGCCGCUGUCAUCAAUGCUUGUGAAUCCCACCCUCUUGCGUUCGACACCGAUGUCUCCCGGCGCGAUACAUUCUGGCUCAAUGGGGCCCCCUACUCCCUGUACGACGUGCUGGGGACCAAGGCAGCAGCCUUGAAUUUUCCUGAUAGAUUCGUGGGUGGCGCGGCAUAUCAGGCGUUCCUCAGUGCGGAUUCUUAUCAUUGCUGGCACUCCCCAGUUACAGGAAAGGUUGUACACAAAGAUCUCAUUGAUGGAACGUACUUUGCAGAGACAAAGUUUGCGGGCUUUGGCGGCUCGAGCGGGCCGGAUCCAAGUGGCCCGGAUUUGUCGCAACGCUUUAUCACCAAUGUAGCCGCUCGGGGUGUUCUUAUCAUUGACACGGGGGUCACGGCGGCGCGAACAUCGGGCUCGUUGCGUUUGUUCCUGUUGGGAUGUCCGAGGUGUCAACCUGCGAAUGGUUUAGCAAUACUGAUGGGGACGAAACCGUUAAGAAGGGCGAUAUUAUCGGUGCUUUCCAUCAUGGUGGCUCGACUCACUGCCUCGUUUUUGAACGAGAUGCAGUGA